CAUUACCCUUAAGACUUAAAACAUAAAAUGUGUAAAUAUAAAUUUUAUUGAACAACUAUUUUGAUUUAAAAUAGUAAAUCAGUAAAUGCAAUUAUUUUUAAUGGUUGUAAACACUGAGCUAGAAUAAAGUAACUCAACGAUCAGAGAUGACUAUUUAACUAGUGAAUGUUCCAAAUACGUUUAAAUAUUUCCCCUUAAAAACAUUUUUAAAUGAUUAGGAGUAAAUCUUUUGCUCCAGCGUGUACUGUCGGCACUUGAACAUUGCACAUCCAUGCACUGGGCGUUUGUUUUGCAUCCGGAGCAGCUCCUCCAUGUCCUUGCAGGAACGCAGGCCAGGAUUUCAGCCAGAGCUCCCGUCUGUGCGAACUUCACACCAUCAGGUGCGGCGCUCCUGUUGCUGUUUUGUGGGUCACUAUGGCUCAGAACCAAGUGAUCCUGCAGUUCCACUUCGCCACGUUUGGGGACUCCAUGCUGCAGAAGAUGAACCUCCUGCGACAUCAGCGACGUUUCUGCGACGUGACCGUGCGCAUCAACCAGCUGGAGGUUCCCGGUCACAAAGUGGUGUUCGCUGCCGGCUCGUCUUUCCUGAGGGACCAGUUCAUCCUUCAGCAGGACUCUAAGGAGGUCCAGAUCUCCAUGAUCCAGGAGGCAGAGGUCGGUCGGCAGCUCUUGCUGUCGUGUUACACGGGCCAGCUGGAGUUUCCUGAGCUGGAGCUGGUGCACUACCUGACGGUGGCAAGCUUCCUCCAGAUGGGCCACAUAGUGGAGCAGUGCACUCAAGCUCUGAGCAAGUUCAUCAAGCCUCAGGGGUCCCACCAGCUGAGGGUGGAUGUGGACAGGAAGAGAGAGAAGAAGAAGGAGGAGGCGUUACCCUCGCCGGCACACAGAGAGCACGAGCGCUCUCAGAUCCAGACUGUCCUGCAGGAGGACGAGGAGGAAGAGGAGGAGAUAGUGGAGGAAGAAGAAGAGGAGGAGGAAGAGAUGGUGGUGGGCCGGGUUGAAGAAGACACUAACGACGAGAGCGAUGACGACGUUAUAAUACAGCCUAAAAGUCCUGUCCAGAUUUUGAACAGGCAUUCAAGGCAGAGUACGGCGGAGAACGACAUUACCAUCGUGAAGGUGGAGUCAGUAUCAAACGCAGCAGAGACCUCCAUCACCGGCCACUUCUCUGCUACGCCUCCUGCUGCUCUGCAAUCCCCCGAGCCUCAGCACUCCCUCAUCAACUCCACGGUGGACAGUCGCUGCAGUGAGAUGGCGGCUCCGCCCGGCAUGCCCGGGUACCCGCUCAGCCCCCCUCCCCAGUCCCCACCCGCCGAGAAGCACGGCGGCCACCAGAGGAACUACGACAAGCCGCUGCAGUGGUACCACCAGUGCCCCAAGUGUGCCCGGGUCUUCCGGCAGCUGGAGAACUACGCCAACCACCUCAAAAUGCACAAGCUCUUCAUGUGCCUCCUGUGCGGCAAGACCUUCACGCAGAAGGGCAACCUGCACCGACACAUGCGCGUGCACGCCGGCAUUAAGCCCUUCCAGUGCAAAAUCUGUGGCAAGACCUUCACGCAGAAGUGCUCGCUGCUGGAUCACCUGAACCUGCACAGCGGGGACAAGCCGCACCGCUGCAACUACUGCGACAUGGUGUUCGCCCACAAACCGGUGCUGCGCAAGCACCUCAAGCAGAUCCACGGCAAGAACAGCUUCGACAACGCUAACGAAGGCAACCUGCACGAGGGGGGGCUGGAGUUUGAUUUUGGACGAGUAUGAAACUCCUGCCCCCCCGCUUUUUUUUUUUUAAUAGGAUAUCCUUUUUAUAAAUGUACAGCACUUUCAAAAGACUGCCAGAUCAGUGAAGCUACUGUCAGCUUUACAAGUCUCAAACUCCAGGGCUCAAGAGCCAACUAAAGGCUGGUUUAUACUUCCACGCGAUUCAUAAUCGCUCACAUCGCAUUAGAGCAGAAUCGCUUUAGUCGCAUCAGAACGCUGCACCUGCUGGUGACGUCACCCGCGGCUCAAAUGUUACGCCCAGACAGCCAAAACGUGUCAUUUAACUUGAAUUAUUUCAGCGAUUAGAGGACACGACUACGCAGAAAACUAUCCAGAAAAAUAUAUUUAACACUGAAAAUGAUGAAAGUUACUUAAGAAGUUAAGAAUUACUGAACUUCCAAGACAGAGAGAGACAGAGAGUGGACGACUAGAUAGAAAAUAAAGCAAGUUGCUGGAAAAAUAUGUCUUCUUCCUCAUAUCUUAAAGUACUAGAGAAUUAGUGCUGCCACAAACGAUUAUUUUAACAGUCUACUAAUCACCAAUUAUUUUUUCCGAUUAGUCGACUUAUUGAGUCAUGCGCAAACUGGAUAUAAAGCACAUUUUAAUUUUAACCAU